AUGGAGCCUUCAAUAACCUUUGGUGAGCGAAACUCUGGACUACAGGUGGGAAUGAGCCAUGCUCCCAUCACUGCAAACUUCUAUUCCCAACCUGAAAGACCCGAGACACCGCCGAGUCCGUUAUCUACUGUUCCCUUUCGUCGCGACCCGGACUUUGUUGAACGCGGGACACUACUUGACCAGAUUCACGAGAAAUGUUUGGCACCAGCAUCUAGAACCGCACUGGUGGGCCUCGGCGGCGUGGGGAAGUCGCAGCUUGCUAUCGAAUACUCUCAUAGAGUCCGGGAACACUCCCCGGAAACGUGGGUUUUCUGGAUCCAUGCCAGCAACGCAGCUCGUUUCGAGCAGGGCUUUCGGGAGAUUGCGGACCGAGUGAAAAUCGCUGGCCGGAGGGAUCCCAAGGCCAAUAUCUAUCAACUUGUUCAUGACUGGCUCCAGGAUGGCCGAAAGGGAAGAUGGGUCCUGAUUCUUGAUAAUGUUGAUGAUGAUCACUUCCUUCGUCGCGCGCCGUUGGUCAGUCAGGAUCUAGCCGGGCGAGACAAAGAUCGCUCGCUGGACCGGCCAUUAGGGGCAUAUCUCCCCCAAAGUACGCAUGGAUCCUUGAUAAUGACUACACGGAAUAGAGCCGUGGCGCUCAGAAUGGUCGAAGAACGCGACAUCAUCACCGUGGACCCGAUGGAUAAAAACCACGCGCAAACACUUUUCGAGGCGAAGCUCGGGAUACCGGAAAACCCAAAGGACAUUAUGGAGCUGGCAGCGGCACUCGAGUACAUGCCACUUGCAAUCGUCCAGGCAGCAUCCUACAUCAGGCAGAGAGCUCCCCGUUCCUCGGUGAAGCAGUAUCUCCAACAAUUGGAAAGCAGCGACUAUAGAAAGCUGAGUCCCCUUGAGCAUGAAGAGGGGCAGCUUCGCCGAGACUGGGAGGCCAGAAAUUCUAUCAUUCGUACUUGGCAAAUAUCAUUCGAUCACAUACUUCAGGAACGGCCAUCAGCCGCAAAUCUCCUGGCACUGAUGAGCUUUUUUGAUCGGCAAGGAAUACAUCAGAGUUUGCUCCAAGAUUUCAGUCAAAGUGAAAGUAGCAAUAACGACCAGGAAAGACACUCAGAAGCGGUCGACAACUGGAAGAUGGACAGCGCAAACAGUCUGGUACGAUCCGAUGUGAACGACAGAUUUGAGGAUGAUAUCCGUACACUAAGGAACUUCUCAUUCGUCACUGUGAACGCGGAUGCUGCAAGCUUUCAGAUGCAUCGGUUAGUGCAGCUCGCCAUGCAAAAAUGGCUUGAGGCGCAUGGACAGCUCGAAAGGUGGAAGCUAAGUUUCAUCAGAAGUCUUGCCAGGGAGUUCCCAUCGGGGGAUUGUGGGGACUGGGGAAAGUGUCAAAUGCUCUUCCCGCACACCAAGUUAGCAAUGUUUCAGCAGCUAGAUACAGAAGACUCACUGGCUAUGUUGCUCCAUAAUGCAGCAUCAUAUGCCAUGAUAACAAGGAACAUGGACUUGGCGGAAGAGAUGGCUGUUAAGGCGUUGAAGCUGAGAGAAAAGUUAUUUGGCACUGAACACAUUGCGACACUGAUUAGCAUCAGUUUACUGGGGUCGCUGCUGAAUGGCCAAGGAAAGUCUGAGGAGGCAAUUGUUCUACAUCAACAGGCAGUAACGGGUUUUGAGAAGCUGCUAGGGGCCGACCACCACUGGGCAAUCAUGAGUUUGAGUAACCUUGGCUUCACACUGACUAGCCUAGGAAAACAUGAGGAGGCCGAGGUCAUGCUUCGGAAAUCCUUAGCAGGGUCCGAGAAGAUAUUAGGGGCUGACCAUUACACCACACUUUGGUGCAUGGGCAACCUAGGAACAGUACUAGCUGCCCAGGGCAAGGACGUGGAGGCAGAGCUGUUGCAGAAACAGGUAUUGUCAGGGAUCGAUAGGUGCUGGGGGGAUCACUGUUUUCACUCUCUUACUAAAAUGAACAUUGUGGCCGCGUCGUUGAAGGAACAGAAAGGGCAAGUAUAUGGCAGCAGAAAUCGGCAGCGGAGGGCCCUACUACCAUGGUUUGCGAAAAUGUCAAAGGUUGGUCAUCGCGACGAGCUGAUGACUACUAGCAUGCUAGGCUCAGUGUUGAGAGACCAGGGGAAAUACCGGGACGUGGAAGACUUCUGCCGGAAGAUGCUGAUAGGCUAUAAGCAGAGGUUGAGGCCUGACCAUCCGUUGAUAUUUACAGCUAUGAACAACCUAGGCGUCGCCCUGUUGUGGCAGGAAAAGUUCCAGGAGGCCGAGAUUCUGCUUCAGCAGGUACUGACUAGCUGUCAAGGAGUGUUAAAUGACGACCAUCCGGACAAUUUGACAAGUCUUGAUAACCUGGGCUCAGCACUUGCUGGUCAAGGAAAAUACAAGGACGCUGAGGUGAUGCACCGACGAGCACUGGCAGGGAGAGAGAAGAUGCUUGGAUCGGAUCAUCCCUACACACUGCUGAGUAUGAGACACCUCGCGUACAAUCUAUGGGCCCAAGACCGAGAUGUCGAAGCGAUAGAACUCCUUCAGAAUGGUGUUCGGCUCCAAUGCCAGUCCCUUGGUCCUAAACAUCCACAAACUAUGGUUUCUAUGACUGAGCUGCACGAAUAUCAGGACCUGCAGACAACAAACACAGCGUGUCUUCCUGCAGAGCGGAAUACCAUGGUGUUGUCCAAGUCUCUUCUCCUGUCGCUUCUGGCAGCGUGCACUGCCGCCGUUCAGAUCUCCGUUGCGUCGUCCGGGGGCAAUGUCACGACUAACUUGCAGUACGGCAUCAUGGAAGAGGAAAUCAACCACUGCGGUGAAGGUGGUCUCUAUGCGGAGUUGAUUCGCAAUCGUGCGUUCCAGGGAGGUUCCAAGUACCCGUCAAACUUGGACGCGUGGACAGCUGUCAACGGAGCGACGCUGUCUCUCAAGAACCUCCCUGAUCCCCUGUCAUCUGCUUUGCCUACCUCGGUCAACGUUAAGGGCAGCAAGGGUCAAGCUGGUCUCACCAAUCUGGGCUGGUGGGGCAUCGAUGUCAGACCCCAGACAUACACCGGCUCCUUCUUUGUGAAGGGUGCCUACAAUGGCAGCUUCACAGCUUCGCUCCAGUCUGCAAGUACAGGCAAAGUCUUUGCCAGUGCUAAGAUUGCUUCGCAUAGUGUUGAGGACGAAUGGGUGCAGCACAGCUUCACCCUUGUUCCUCGUAGCGCUGCCCCAAAUACCAACAACACUUUCUCCAUCACUUUUGAUACAUCGAAAGCUGAAGACGGUGCGUUGGACUUCAACCUCAUUAGCCUGUUCCCACCUACCUGGAACAACCGUCCAAAUGGACUUCGGAGAGAUCUGAUGCAAGCGAUGAAGGACUUUGGUCCGAAAUUCCUACGCUUCCCGGGUGGUAACAAUCUUGAAGGUGACACCAUUGACGGCCGCUGGAAGUGGAAUGAGACCAUUGGUCCCCUCAAGGACCGUCCUGGUCGUGCCACUACUUGGGGGUAUCAGGAGACCGGUGGAAUGGGUCUGGUUGAGUACAUGGAGUGGUGUGAUGAUCUGAAAAUUGAGCCUAUCCUUGCGGUCUGGGGCGGCCUUGCGCUCAAUGGCGACGUUGUCCCCGAAGACGAACUUGAUGUGUAUGUGCAGGACGCCCUCAACGAGCUUGAGUUCCUCACCGGCUCCGUGGAGACCACGUAUGGGGCAUUGCGUGCUUCCGUCGGCCAUCCCGAACCCUGGGUCAUCAAAUAUGUCGAGGUCGGCAACGAGGAUAACCUGAACAACGGACUGUCUUCCUACACAUCCUACCGGUUUAAAGCUUUCUAUGAUGCGAUCAAGGCCACGUACCCUGACAUUACUGUCCUGGCAUCGACCGUUGAUAUGACACUCCCUGGUGAGGCUGGUGGCGAUUACCAUCUGUACGAUGUUCCCGACAACUUUGUCUCUCGCUUCGGCUUCUUCGACAACUACUCCGAGGACCACCCAAUCCUGCUUGGUGAAAUUGCAGCGACGGAGUACAAUAACGGAGUCGGAAUUGACUGGAGCAACACACACUUCUCCCUCUACCCAUGGUGGAUUGGGUCCGUCGCCGAAGCCGUAUUCCUUCUGGGUGCCGAAAGAAACGCCAACAAGAUCAUCGGAACGACCUACGCACCCUUUCUCAUGAACCUGGAUAACUACCAGUGGUCCCCCACUUUCAUCGCCUUUAACGCCGACCCUGAUCAGACAGCCCGCUCCACCAGCUGGCACGUCUAUGAUCUCUUCUCUCACACCCACAUGACCAACACCCUCCCCACCAAAUCCUCCGACAACUUCGGCCCCCUGUACUACGUCGCCGGUCUCGACAACAGCACCAACAGCCACAUCUUCAAGGCGGCCGUGUACAACAGCACCGCCGACGUGCCGGUCUCGCUGACCUUUGACGGCGUCAAGGCCGGCACCGCCGCUGAACUAACCGUGCUGACUGCGCCUGACGCAUUCUCCAUGAACGCCGUGGGUGGUGCCAACCUGGUCAACAGCAAGGUGUCGACCCUGCAGGCCGGCAAACAGGGUGUCUUCAACUUCAGCCUGCCGAAUCUGAGCGUGGCCGUUCUGAAGACCAAGGCUUAG